GAAGCUUGGACCACAAUUUGCAGUAACUAAGCCCGGAAUAACACUAGAUCCGUAACGCAAGUGGCUGGUGUGGCUUGAUUAGGUGGGGCAGAUUAUGUGUUUCGGCGAACCCCACUAUAGCUCCGAAGCCAUCACCUACACGAUCGCCCGCAAUAGCUGAGUACAUUUACGAAAGAGGGUGAUUUAAGGGAAGUCAUGCUGCAUAGGGAUUGAAAUGGAUGGCAUUUUCGCGCUCGGCUCCAACGGGUCCGGCCAACUCGGCAUACACCACAAAGAUGAUGUUUCAGUCCCGAAGCAAGUCGAGUUUGUGGGCGAAGCUCCUGAGAGUGAUAUUGUCCAUAUCGCGGCCGGAGGUAAUCACACAGUACUUCUAACCGAAGCGGGGAAAGCGUACUGGGCUGGUGAUCCGUCAAGCGGUGCAUGUGGAAUAGUAGACAACACCGACAAGGAGGUUGAAAUAUCGAAAUUUCACGAGUUGAUAAUCUCAACCCCAAAGUCAGCGGGGUUUAUUCGCCAUGUAGCCUGUACGUGGGAUUCGACUGUCCUGGUAUUGGAGGAUGAAAAUAGUGGGGUUACUCUAGUAUACACCUGCGGUAUUGCUGACGUAGGGGCUUCAAGCACCAACUCAGAAUCGUCGACUGCGAAGUUGCCGACUUUGGUCGAAGACUUCCCUCCUCCUGAAAUUAAAGUCAAAAGCAUUUCCGCUGGAUUUAGGCACGUUGUGGUAGUACUGGAUAAUGGUGACGUCUACGGCUGGGGAAACGGGCGGAAGGGCCAAUUAGGAGAGCUGAAUGACACAGCUGAUUCAAAAGGCGUGAUACACCAACCCAAGAAAAUCUCCGGCGUACCUUUCAAGGUAGCACAAGCUGUAUGCUGCCAAUACACAACUUGUCUCAUCGGUGAACCGGGAGAUGGUCGAAUACUCGUUCUUGGAGCAGAUAAAUGGGGAUUGAAAAGUUCAGCCCCAGCUGAGAUACCCAAUUGGAACACGAUAAGUGCAAGUUGGGGAGGAAUUUACGUCUUGCAACGAAACGGGACGCUUGUAGCCUGGGGCCGAGACGAUCACGGCCAACUGCCACCUCCCGGACUUCCGGAGCUGGAGAGUAUUGCUGCCGGUAGCGAACACAUCGUAGCCCUCACUAAGGAUGGAGAUGUAUUAUCCUGGGGUUGGGGUGAGCACGGAAAUUGUGGUCCACAGACUGAAAAGUUCGGUGAUGUCAAGGGGCGAUGGAACGUACUUGCAUCAUUAAAGAAUCUGCCAGAGGGACCAAAGAUUACAGCCAUUGGGGCUGGAUGUGCUACAAGCUGGAUCAAUAUCGCGACAGAUGGACUUUUCCUCUGAGCUACUAUCAUCCCUUGCCUUCAUUAUAUUUCUCCUAUAAUUCCCCGCUUUCGUAGCUCGAAAGCAACCAUAAGACCC